GGUGUACUUAAAAUACGGAAAUGAAACUUCAGAGCGAAAGUCGAGAAAAUCUUGAAAAUGUCAGAUGAAUGGGAAGAAGAGGAGCAGUGUCUGAUGGUCGAUCUUCAUGGAAUUUUAGAGCAUGAUUUCAUCCAAAAAGCUGAGGGAAACUGUAAAGUUCUAGGUAUUGGGACAGAGACACCGUACGUACAGCUGGAUGGGUACACGUUUGCUGGGAAGUAUGUACCUCCACUGGGGUCCUACCUUGUUCUGGAAGAGAAGUCAGCAGAUAUUGUUAAUCCUCAAGAAAAUACCUCUACCAAGGCCAGUCUAGAGUUUGUUGCAUGUCUAGACAGAAAAUUAGACAUGAACAGAGCAUUCAUUUCACCAAAACUUCCAGAGGGCUCUGUUACAGCGGAAAGUUCAAGGUCAAAUACGGACACAAGUCAACAAGACAAUCAAGAUACACAGAAUCAGCAUAGUAAUGAUGGACCUGCCAAUCAGCACGCAGAGCUUGCACCUCCUGCUUCAGAGACAGUGUCAGAGGUCACAUAAGUCAACAGGGAAUUAUGGGAAAUAUGUUCCAACAGAGAUGACAUCAUGAGUGAGAGUUUAAACACAGAACUUGGAUAGGGAGGUUCUAAAGAUCAGAAUAUAAUCUGAUUUUAGUAAAGAGCUGUACAUUCCGAAGACACCGACAUUCGAAGAUCAUAUUUAUCUAUGUGUUCAAGUUUCUUCUGUUGUAGAAAAAACUCAGCAAAGUAAGCAAUUCUUUUUUAAGUUGAGACAAAAUGCACCACUUGGCAUGAUUGACUGGAGAAAAAAUGAUACUACUAUUUACAUACAUAUUACAUGUAGAUAUCAUAUGUUCAAUUGAAGUCCUCUAUGAGUCCAUACAUGUACAUUCAUAUAAAAGUUUCAAGAUAAAUCUAAUUCUUUAUAAUGGUAUUCAUUUGUACAUGAGCUAUACCUAAUAAAACUGACAUAAAUGGAA